AUGGAAGAUGUGACGGUGAAGGUAGAAGUGGGGGCUACAGCCAGCGCCGGCGCCGGCGGUGCUUCGUCGUCGUCGUCGUCUUCUCCACAGCCGAUGGAGGGGUUGCACGAGCUCGGACCACCGCCGUUUCUGAUCAAAACGUUCGAAAUGGUGGAGGAUCCGGCGACAGACUCGGUGAUUUCGUGGAACGCGGCGAAGAACAGCUUCAUCGUGUGGGAUUCACACACAUUCUCCACCACUCUGCUUCCUAGAUACUUCAAGCACAGAAACUUCUCCAGCUUCAUCCGACAGCUCAAUACGUAUGGCUUCAGAAAAGUGGAUCCCGACAGAUGGGAGUUCGCCAACGAGGGAUUUCUAGGAGGUCAGAAGCAUCUCUUGAAGAAUAUCCGGCGCCGGCGAAACGUCGUCCAGCACCACAACGUGAAUCAACAGCAGCAGCAAGGUGGAGGCAGCUGUGUAGAGCUGGGGCAGUACGGAAUGGAGGAAGAACUCGAGAGGCUCAAACGAGAUCGGAAUUUGCUGAUUGCAGAGGUCAUCAAGCUCAAACAGCAGCAGCAGGCGGCGAGAGAGCGAAUCAUGGCAAUGGAGGAUCGAAUUCAAGGCACGGAGCGGAAGCAGCAGCAGAUCAUGAGUUUCCUUGCUAAAGCCUUCAGGAGUUCUUCCUUCCUCAAGCAGUGCGUCGACAAAUAUGGGCAGAAGGAUAAGCACAUCGCAAUUGGGCAGAAGCGGCGACUAACCAUGAGCCCAAGCGUAGAGAAUCUCGAGGAUGCUGCAGCCAUCUCUCAGCCUUCGUAUCUUCCAGGACAAGAUCACGAAGACCUGGAGGUGGAGACACUACUGUCUGCUGCAUUCGAUGAUGCGUCUAGCAGCGACGCAACAGAGGCCACGGCCUCUGCAAGCGAUCCUGACGCCAAUUUGAAUCCUAUGAUCGAGAGUAUAUGGGAGAAGUUCUUCAGUGACGACCCCACGGGAGAAGAAGCCUCGGCAGUAGCUGAUCAGCCAACGGACGUGGAAGUGGAAGACUUGGUGGCAUCGACACAAGUUAUAGGCGAGGAUUUGCAAGAUCUUGUGGACCAGUUAGGAUUUCUUUAAUUCCUGUUUUCGAUCAGUCAGGCCUGCCUCCAUAUCUGGUAUGUAUCACUCAGGACAACCAUCUUCGGUUAGUCCGUGGAGGCAGAGGUGAAUAACUAAUUAUCUUCUACCACUGUCGCUUAUUAUUCGGGUUUGCGGAGUGUAGUUUUUCUCAUUUCUUCUGGUCUGAUUGAUUUAUUUUUACCUGCAAGAAGCUGAAAUGGAUUUAAUCUGCAGAUGGAAGCAUCUACUCCUUUCAGUACAAGUUGAGGCUCCUCCUUCCACAUGAACUGAUUUCUCAAAGAGAUGAACUUCUUGAGGAAGGAGAUCAUAUCUAAUGCUUAGCUCCUCGAAAAUCCUCUUCAUCUCCAACACGAACUCAGUUCGCCGCCUGUUCCUCUCCGGGAAGUCUUGGAAGUUCAUUGUAUGGUUGAUGAAAACAGCCAUCUUUAUCUUGUUGAUAUUCUCAAUCUCCUUCACAACUACAUUGUGAUUCGGAUGCCAAUGGUGCGGAUUCUUCUCCAAGUACCUGAAAUGCAGUUUGAUAUAAGACUCAUUGAAUGGAAUUUAACGACUAGAGCUACAAAGGCAGCUUACUUUUUUAUUUUCUCCUUCAGCCCACCUAUUUUCUCCAUAGGUGUCCGGAAGUCGAUGCAGAACUCGAAUGAAUCUCCCAUGUCCGGGCUGCGGUAGUAAUUGCUGAUGGCUUUCGUAGCCAACACCGAAUUUGGGUAAAACACCUUCUCGUUGUCAGCCUUGAGAAGUACAGUCGUUAAGAUAUUCAUCUCUUCGACAAUCAUCUGGAAUCAAAGCACGUGUAGGAGAACUCAUUUAAUACCGAAAGAGGUGCAAUGAAGUGAAGUAUGGUCGACUUCAGAAACUUGCCUGAACCCCAUCAAUGACGCAGCGAUCACCAACAUCGAAUGGAUGCAUCACAAACACAAAGAUGAUCGCUUCGAAUAUAGUCUUACAAGUGUUCGAGAACACGAAACCAGCUACAAGUAUCUGCGAAGAGAGGAAGACAAGCACUUUGGUUGUUGCAAUCCCGGUUACUAAAAGCCAUAUGAUUAUGAUGAUAACGAUCAAGAUCCCGGUAACAAGCUUGUUCAGCUGCUUUACAGCAGUUUUGGUAUCGGUAAGGGCGUGGGCUAGCGCUUUCCGGCUCUUGUAAACCUUCACCUGCACAGACAAGCAAUCGAAGUGCAAAUGUUUCAGUUCAAA